GCGCGCACCCGGAGUCGGAAGUGGUGGCCGCAGUCGCGCACAGUGGAGAUACAUUUGGAGUCGGGAGCCGGCGUGGGGGGUCCCUGACACUUGGCAGACGUUAACACCAUGAGUUUUAUCGCAUAUGAAGAGCUGAUCAAGGACGGUGACACGGCCAUCUUGUCACUGGGUCAUGGUGCAAUGAUGGCAGUGCGUGUGCAGCGUGGUGCACAGACCCAGACCCGGCAUGGCGUCCUGCGGCACUCAGUGGACCUCAUUGGCCGUCCCUUUGGCUCCAAGGUGAUCUGCAGCCGAGGUGGCUGGGUGUAUGUGCUACACCCCACACCUGAGCUCUGGACACUGAACCUGCCGCACCGCACACAGAUCCUCUACUCCACCGAUAUAGCCCUGCUCACCAUGAUGCUGGAGCUGCGGCCUGGCUCUGUGGUUUGCGAAUCUGGCACUGGCAGUGGCUCUGUGUCCCAUGCCAUCAUCCGCAGCAUUGCCCCCACGGGCCAUCUACACACAGUGGAGUUCCACCAGCAGCGGGCAGACAAGGCCCGAGAGGAAUUUCAGGAGCACCGCGUGGGCCGUUGGGUGACUGUGCGCACCCAGGAUGUUUGCCGCAGCGGUUUUGGUGUGAGCCACGUGGCCGACGCCGUCUUCCUGGACAUCCCGUCACCCUGGGAGGCUGUGGGGCACGCCUGGGAUGCCCUCAAGCUUGAAGGUGGGCGCUUCUGCUCCUUCUCACCAUGCAUCGAGCAGGUGCAGCGCACAUGCCAGGCGCUGGCGGCCCAAGGCUUCACAGAGCUGAGCACCGUGGAGGUGCUGCCACAGGUCUACAACGUGCGCACCGUCAGCCUGCCCCUGCCUGACCUGGGGGACAGUGAGGGCACCCCUGGUGGCCCGGAUGCCAGCCCCUUCCGCAGUGGCAUGCCCAUGAAGGAGACUGUGGGCCACACAGGCUACCUGACCUUCGCCACCAAGACCCCUGGCUAGCAUGCCUGGGAGCACUGUGUGCAGGCAGGGAGCCAGGCCGCCUUAUAUGGUCAGGGGACUCUGCUGGGCCUGGGCUUGGAGACAGCUGUGGGGCGGGGCUUGCAACUCCUGGGUGGCCCUAGUGGGGAUCGCUGGCUGCUCCUGUUAUGGGGAGGGAGCUCCCACCCAUGUCACCGAUGAGCUCUGGCUCUGUCCUGUGCUCUUUGUUGCCAACAUGAAACCUACAUCGCCACGGGUUCUCCUGGGUGCUGAGGACUUGGGGUGCCGUUGAGGUGGCAGUGUGUGACACUGUCUCUGUGCACCCCUGGAGGAAGGUGGCAGAGAAGCCUCAGCCACUAGCCCAGAACUGGCCCAGGGUUAUCCACUGGGUGUCCCGGGAUUGGCAGAAGCCAAGGGGAGCUGACCUAGGGACCCACCCUGUCCUCCCUGUGCUGGAGAGGUAACUCUGCUGCCUCACCUCCAGGCUGACCGCAGAGCUGUACAGGCCAUGUGUGGGGACCCUGCAACCAGGCCUUGGGAGUCAUCUCAUGACCCAGGGACAGAGGCAGCCUCUUCCCACCCCCAGGAAGUGCAUCCUGCAGCCCUGCCCACCAGAGCCCUCCACGUGUCAGGAAGACCCCAUAGCAUCGUAAUGACUGGGUGGGUACGUGUGCCCAGUCAGUGUCUUCCCCCAAUUCCGGUGCCACUGCUUCUUAUGGGAUCCCUGGGGUCAAGGAGCAGAGCCCCCCAUAGAGACAGUGGCAUUGGGCAGAAUUCAGUGCCUCCCCUAGACAUACCUUUGUCACUACUUGACUGAGCGCUUCCCAAGGGGAGGACAUGGAAGUCAGGACACAGGGCUGGGUGCUGGUAGUCACCCUGCUGCACAGCCCAGGGACUGGUGUCCUGGUGUGUGAUCAGUACCCAGGUCAGGUACUGAUCACACAUGAACCUGUUGGGACUGGAGCCUCAGGUGCUGUGUCCCCGUGUCACGUGGGGCUGGCCCCUGAGUGUGUCAGACAGAACAAUAAACAUGCCGCUGCCACGUGUGGCUCCUGCCUGUCUCCAGCCCAGGGGAGGAGCUGCAGGGGCUCCAAGCUCUAGAACAACAGUCUAGGACUCAAGAGAAAGCAGUGAGUGUG